GGCUCCGGCGGCGGCCGUGGAGGAGGCCCUGGGCGUCUUGGAGUCAGCGGCGGUGGAUUUGGAGGCCGAGGAGGCGGAUCCGGCCCCAUGAGGAACCGACAGAACAUGAACCGCGCUAGAGGCAGACCAACGCCAUACAGCAGGGUAUGAGAAAGUUAGAGGAAUUGGCAGAGAAAGGAAAACCUUCGGCAAAGCUGAAAAUGCCUGGGUAACCUCCUUCUGUUCUCCAAUAGGCUUGCUAGCUAAUCCACUAGCCAGCAUGCUAGUCGAGCGAAUUAAAUGAUUGCUAACCGCCGAGCGUCCCUCAGAGGAGAGCUCUAUAGUUAGCGGUUAAGCAUUAAUGGAAGUUUUAUGCUUUAUGUGUCCCUUCUCCCACAACCCAUGUGUGUUACAUCAUUUUUCAAGAAGAGGCCUUUUGGAGAGAGCGGUUGUGUUAGCCAUGUUGGCUAACUAGCUAAAGUUGGAGCUUGAAGGCCUCGGCGGCGCCAUUUUGCAUCCAGCACCUUAAAUUAGAGCUAGUCGUCCACGGUCAAUGACGGUGCUUUCCACCCCAAGUGUCAAAUUGAUGUUGAGAGGAAACUACUUCAUCGAGAAAGUUCACCCGCAAAUGAUUUUUUUUUUACUACUUUUGGGAGAGUAGUUUUUGUCCCAAGUCCCGGUGCAGCGUCCAGGCGGCCUUUUGUUCGGGAGUGGCUGGCGGGUUUCACAACAAGGCCUGUUGGGUGGCUUUUCAACCAGUGUGGCUGUUGCUUGUGGAUGGAUCAGUGGACUUCAACCCCCGAUAGUUGUUCAUAUAAGUCAAAUCUUCACUCCCUAAGUGUGAAUGAGUGUCUAGACAAACCAAACAAAGCCCCGGUCAAAAUGGCGUGGUCUCAAAAUGGACGCUCAGAUAAUCCACGCUCACAUAGAGGGGAUAGCGGGCCCUUUUUCUAAUUGUUUACAUCCACACCAUCUUAUGGACACUUCCCCUUCGUGAAAGCCCCUUUCAUGGCUUGGUAAAGAACUCUUGAGCGGGCCAGGAUACAUGGUGCAACGCUGGAGGCAACGCUGCUUCAGAUGGCGACCCCCUACCCCGAGGAUCAUAUCUGGAGGGCCUUUGGUGGAGGCGCAGAUGGCAAGAGAACAAUGGGCAAUUUUGGUAGCUAGUCUGCCUAAACAGCUUCCGGAUAAGUGGCAGCACGACAUGUUCGACAACGGCUUCAGCGGCUUCAAUGGUACUGCUGGGGGUGGCGGAGGAGCUGGUGUGGAAACUGGAGGGAAGCUCCUUGUCUCCAAUCUCGACUUUGGGGUCUCAGAUGCAGAUAUUCAGGAACUUUUUGCUGAAUUUGGGACUCUGAAAAAGGCUGCAGUUCAUUACGACCGAUCAGGAAGAAGCCUGGGCACUGCAGACGUCCACUUUGAAAGAAGGGCAGAUGCUCUCAAGGCCAUGAAACAGUACAAUGGGAUCCCACUUGAUGGGCGACCUAUGAACAUACAGCUCGUCACAUCACAGAUUGACACACAGAGGCGACCUAUGCAGGGUCUGAACAGAGGUGGUGGAGGCAUGAACAGAAAUCGUGGCGGCGGCUUCGGAGGCAUGCAGAGAGGCCGAGGAGGGCGCAGUGCAGGUGGUGCCAGAGGAAGAGGGCGAGGCGGCCGUGGUGGUGGCGGCACUAGCAAGCAGCAGCUGUCAGCAGAGGAGCUAGAUGCCCAGUUAGAUGCCUACAAUGCCAGGAUGGACACCAGCUAAAGAAAUCAAGUUCUUCCUCGUCCUCAUCUCUUCCUGUCUGCACAGCAGAAGGGUGUUGUUACAGAUGUGCAAAAUAUUUUACACUUGGUUGUGUUCUGAUGUAAUUGAAAUUAUUGUUCCAACCUCUUCUUUUAAAUGCUCCAAAGUGUUUUUUACCAGUAUUUUUUUUCCCUUUUUUUUUUUUUUUUUUCUGAUGAAAAUGGUUUUGGCUGUAGGUUAUAGAACUGGGUUUUCCCAGUUCUUUCUUCUACCCUGUAGUAAAUGAAACUUGUAAUAAAAACCUGCAGUGCAUAUUAACCAAA